AUGGAGAACGCUCAAGCACAACUCCUUGUAAACAUCCAUGAAGAGAUUACAAAAGGUACUUUCACUGACAUACAAAUUAUAUGUAAAGACGGAACAACGACCGGAAGCCGCAUCGUACUGGUGGCGAUGUCAUCAUAUUUCCGGGCCAUGUUCAGUUCUGAUAUGGCAGAGAGUCAGACGGGCGUCUUGAACCUUCCCACAGUGUCGUUGUCGGUGUUGCAAGAUGUCAUUAAAAUGUGUUUGUGUGGAAUUAAUCUAGUGAGUGAAACCAACUGUGUGGAGGUAUUGGAUGCUGCUGAAAUGAUGCAGCUUGACCACAUCAAAGACAUCUGUGACAUAUUCCUGAAGGAAAGUCUUGUACUGACCGCUGAAAACUGUUUAAAUUGGUGGAGACUUUCUAAAUGUUACAAUUUCCACGAUUUGUCCAACCGAUCAUUAUCCUGUUUGGCUGACAAGUUUGCUGAUUUUGUUGAAACAGAAAACGUUGUUCAGCUGUCAAAGGAAGAAUUUCUGGAAAUCAUUUCAAAAGAAGAGAUGAAAUGUACAGAAGACAUCAUUCUGAAAGGUGCCAUGAAGUGGAUUGAGUAUAAUAACCCGGAUCAAGAUUAUGUGAAACUGAUUUUUGAAAACGUGCGUUUAGAUCUUGUUGAUUCACAGUUUUUGAUUGACGAAGUGGUAUUUUCAGAGUUUGUUUCCAAAACCAAAUCUGUCCAGGAAAUGAUACGGAAAUCGCUAAAUUUACUCGGUCGGCGCACAGCGUGUUCAAGGGGUAGUCCUAAAAGCCCUGACAUCUUUGUUCUCCAUUAUAACAAGACGUCUCUUCUGUCUUGUUUCACGUCAGACGACAAGUGGGAGGACGUCCCACCAGCACCAGUAGAUCCUGGAGUUUGGUAUUCAGCAGCAGGUUUGGACGACAAGAUCUAUAUCACUGGUGGAUAUAAAAAGAGACAAUGUACAUUGGUAUAUAACACCGCCAGAAAAGGGUGGACAGUAGGUCCAGAUCUCAAACAUGAACACUACAGGCAUUGUAUGGCCACAGCUAACUCUAAAGUGUACUCGAUAGGUGGUGACUAUAGCAACACAAUAGAGGAAUUGAGCGAGAGUGAAACGCACUGGCAGGUUGUUGGAGAUUUGGGAUUGAGUCGAUGUUUCACUUUCCCUGUUACAGUUGGUGAGACAAUUGUCGUUAUGGGAGGAGAGAUAGACUCAGCCGAGUCAGAUGUUAUCCAGUGUUUCAACACCACAACUCUUACUGUCAGUCAGCUGAACACAAAAUUACCUUGUAGCUCUGAGUCACUAAGAGGCUCUGUUCACCUCCCAGAUGUUUAUCUGAUAGAUAAGGGCAAACAUGUGAUGCACCUCCAGAUCACAAACACAGAUGGACAAAUUCAGAUUCAGGUUAAAUCCACAACGAAAUGGAAAUCCUUCACAUAUCGUUUUGGUGUGACACAUCGAGACAGACGUUUUCUGUGUUUUACAAGAGAUGGGAUCAGCUCAUUUAACCUCGCUGAAGGUAAAGAAGAACAUAACACAUUCCCUAAGCCACCUAGAUGUGGCGACGUAUUCGACGUGUGCAUAGUGUCCUCUGGGAAAUCAUUGCGAUGA